UUAAAAUUAAAUGAACAAUCCAUUUCAAAAUCCAAUAGGGAAUCCAAAUGAUCCAAAUAAUCAAUUACUUUUAAUGUCUCUUGCAUAAGUAGAUUCAUAAAAUAUGUUCUUCUUUUUAAUGCAAAACCCUGAUUUCGUUGAAAAAUAAGAUGAAGUAUUUGAUUAAUAAUUAAUUUAGACAUAAUUUAAAAAGACAGCAAUAGGCUUUGUUAGAAAUACAUUAGGUAUUUUUGUUUUAGGAACAGUGCUUAAUUUGUAAAUGAAAAGAAUCCCUAAAGUAUGAUCUAAUAAUAUUUCUUAAGUUUUUGAAUUGGCCCCUUUAUGUUAAAAUUCCUUUAAGAAUCCCUGUCUUUUUUAGUCCAUUUUUUAUAUUUUAAUAAUCACUAACAAAUUAACUAGAUAAUUUAACAUAAUUGCAUCAUAAAUAUUAUACAAGAAUAUUAAGAGUAAAGAAAACUGGUGAUUUACGAUACUUUGAUCCAUAAGGUGUAUUACAAAAAUAAUUUGAAUAAAAAAUGAGAGAAUUAAUGAAAUGA